UAUAAUCAACAAAAGUCAACUAAUAAAGUGUAAAAUAUUUAGAUGUAGGGAUAAGAAUUUGAAGAAUCAUAAUCUAGCGUAUAAUUUAAUACUUUUGAAGAUAAAUUAAAUCUGAAAAAGUGGGAUGAAGAUGAAGCUGAGAUAAGAACAUUUUUAAAUAAGCUAUCCACUGACAUAGAGCAAUCUUUCCUUUAAAGAAGGCUAGAUAGAGGAGUUAAAGAAGAUGAAAUUUAAUAUGAAUUUGAAUUAGCAAUAAAGGAAAUUUUGAACAAAGAGUAGCAGAUCAAGCUUUCUUUAGAACUAGCAUAUGUACUAUUAGAAAAAAUGCAUGAGUAAAGGGAUAUAUUUAGUGAUGAAUAUGACGAAUUUAUGUAAUAAAAAGAAGAGCUCUAAAGGGAUUUAGAGUUUAAAGAAUAAUAUUGCGAAGAGUACUCAAGAAGAUUGUAGUUUCUAACAGAAUAAAAUAAUAAUUUGACUUAAGAAUAUGCUCAGUUAGAAGAAUUCAAUGAUAAGCUUAAAGCGAGAAACUCAGAGCUUGACCAAGAACUUAUAAAAAGUUUACAUUAAAUAGAAUAAGUGAAAUAAAAUAAAGAAUAAGACACAAAUUCUAAGCUAACAAUUAUUCAAAAAGAGCUCGAUAAUUUGAAGAAUCACAAUAUAUAGUUGUCUAAGGAUCUAUCUGAAGCAAAAAAAAAGGUUUAAUCUGAAUAAAUAUAGCAAUAAGAAUUAUUCAAUUAGUUAGAUGAAAUGAAAAGAAUGAAUAAUUUGUUUUUGAAAGAAAACGACUCAAUAAAAAGAUAACUCUAAGAGGCUCAAUUUAGACUCCAAGCUGCUUAAGAAGAAAAAGAAAAGAUUGAGGUAUAGUUUUUGUAGCUAUAGAUGGUUCAUUAGAAUAAAUUGCAUAGAAAAGACUCUAAAGAAAGCGACUAUAUGGAAAGUGAUAGCUAUAUUGCUUAAAAUAAUUAAAAUAAUACAAAUAUAAAUUUAGAAUAAGAUAAAAAUUAAGGUUAAUUUUCUGCUUUAUACGGAGAAAUAUUAGGGCAAAAUAAAAAUUAAAAUAAAUUUGGAGAUGAUAUGUUUAAUUACUAUUCCUCUAACCGAGAUUCUCAUACAGAAGAUAAUAUUAAGGAUCAUAAUAUUAAAGGCAAAACUAAAGCUAUUUCUAAAAAUAACUUUGGCAAAAGAUUUUCUAACAUUAACACUUUAAGCGAAAUUUAAAUUGAAAAUAGAAAUAAUAGAAAUUACCCACUCUCUAACAAAAACAGUAGCUAAACAAUAAUUGAAAAUGAAGAGAAAGGAGAAUAAGAAAUUAAGAGCAAGGCCUAGACUUUCACCUAUUUUAAAAAGGGGUUUAGUAAUUUAUCUAAAAAAUACUAAGAAGAAAAAAAUUACGAAGAUGAAGAAUAUGACUCAUCGAGAUGGCAUAAAUAAGAUUAAGUAAUAGAAAUAGAGAGACCUAAUUUAAAUUUCAAGAAAAAUGUUUAGCGACUAAGGAACAUAGAUCAGGCUAUGAAAAUCGAAGACUAAAAUUACUCUUCAAUUGAAGACAUAAGUGCUCAAAUGGAUAUUAGGAGUUUGCAAGAUUAAAAAAUAGAUGAAAUAUUGAAUUCAUAUGAAGAAGUUCAAUUCAAUUCUAUCAAGAACUAAGCUUAAUCUCCAUCUAAAGAAAAGUAAAUUUUACUAAUUGAAGAUCAUAGAAUAUCAGAAGAAGACUAGGAAGAAGACAAGGUAGGAGGUUAAAAUUCUGAAAAUAAAGAGGAAGCUUAACCAAAAUAUAUAUCAUCUAAUAAAAUAAAUAAGUUAUAGGAAUUUUCCAAUUAAAAGCAAGAACAUGCUUAGGAAAAUAGUGGUUAUAAAGAGACUUUACAUAUACCUUAAGAUGCUCAAGUUGAGUAAAGAAACUUGUUAUCAAUUAAUUCAACUGAUAAUCAAAAUACCUAAAAUGCAAGCUUUUAAGAAAAUAAUUAAUAAACUAUCAAGUAAAUUAAAAGAAUGUCAGCAUCAAAAGGUUCUGAAUAAAAUUCAAUUUAAAAAUAAGAUAAAAUUAUCACAAACUUUUAAACUCCAUAACUAAAUUAAAAAGCAUCUUAAAAUAAAGAUGGUAGUGAAAUUUUAUAAUAGUAGAGUUAGUCAUAAAACAAUGAUUAAAACAAUUACAACUCACACAAUGUUUACAAAAAUAAUCACCAAAAUCAUUACAAUACAUAACCCUAGUUGUUAUAAGAUGAAUUUAGUAAUCAAUCAAAAACAUCAAUUAGUGGACAGGUAAGAAAAUUUUCUUCAAGAAAUUAAACUCACAGGAAGACUAAAUUUAUGGAAAACAUGAAAAAUUACAAAAUUUCUCACUGGGGAGAAGAUAAUGAAGAAAACUAUAAAUUAAACACUCUUAUAACUAACGACACUAUGGCAACUCAUGUUAAAAAAUAUAAGCACGAACACACUAGAAGUCUUUUAAUCCCAUCUGAAAUAUCCGAUUAUAGAAGUGAAAAUAAAAUUAACUAAGAAACAAAAUAAACAGAUCAAGAAUAUUUAAACAACAUUUAAAUCAAUAACCCAUUCGAAAAAAUAGUAAUAGAUGGUGAUGCUUUUUUAAAUGAAUAGCCUAACUAAAUUUCUACUAAACUUACACAAUAGAAAUCAAAUCUUUAUAAAGCAUAUAGAUCUGGCAUAAAAAGUGCAAGUAUAUGUUCUCUACCUUCAAGUAAUUUAACUCAAUAAAGAUUAAAUCAUGAUAAUAUUUAGAGAUAAAGUAUGUAAUAACUAUAAAAUGAAAGAUAAGAAAGUUAAUUAAAAUAGUUUGAAGAAAUUUAAUCCCCAAUUCAGCGUUAAUAAAACCCCUAAAUAAGAAUAUAGAAUGAACAAAUAGAAGAAAAGAAUGAAUUGUAAUAGUACUUAAGCCAAAAUUAAUUUGAAAAUUUAAAAUCAUAAGAAGACGAUAGUGACAGAGAAGAUGCAACAGAAAUAUUAGAAAAGUCUAAACUAAAGAAUGAAAUUUAAACUUACGAUUUAAACAAAAUGAAUUCUAAUAAUUAAGAUGAAUACGAUAAAUUUUGCUCUCCUUUGUUAAAGGAUAAUGAGUUAAAAGAAGAAAAUAUGUAGAUAUCACAUAUCAUUUAAAGCAUUUAAAAUAACAAAAGCUAAAGUAUUAACCCUGAAUAUGAAAAUAUCUCUGAAAUGCUCAUUAAUAAUUCUAGAGUCAGGACUAAAGAAAGAUCUAUUGAUAAAAAUAUAUUCAGAUAACCAUUAUAAAAACCAUAGAGGAAAGACACUUAUGAGGAAUUCUUUAUGUUAACUGCUUAAUGCGUUAAAUUAAAUUCCCCUUAUUUCGACGAAAUAAACUCUGUUAAGGUAUAGCCAUAUUAUGAAGAGAUUAAGGCACAAUAAAUACCUUACCAUAAGUGGUCUGACUUCUUAAAAGAAAAAUUUGAAAAAAUUCAUUAAUAAAUGUCGCAAUAGAAUAAACUUAAAUUCACCUAUAAAGUUUAAAUAGAAUCAGUUAAAUAAAAUCAGGGUCCAUAACUACAAAUAUGUUCUAUAAUAUCUUAAAAUCAAUCCCCUUAAAGGAAAAAAUGA